GUGCUUGUGACUGAGUUAGGGUGACAGGGUCUUCAUUAUGGGGAUAUUUUAUUAAAAUGAUGUGCAGCAGGGUUGCUUCUAAGUUAUGAUUUCUCACAAACCUGAGUGUAGCCAGUCAGACUGUAUUUUUAAUAAGGAUAACGUUUAAACCGUUCAUAUUAAAUAUUUUCCUGAUUUCGAUUUCUAGAUCUUUGCAGGUAAAUGUGAGGCUGGUUUGGGUGUUGGUAUUCAGAUUACUCUUUAACUAACCCAUCCCAUACUGGUUACUUAUUAAACCAUGAAAUAUUUUCCUGGGAUUUAAAACUUUUUUUUUUUUUUUAACUUGACAUUGAAUUAUAAAUAAAUAAAAGUCUCUGCAGAUUGGGCUUGAUUGUCACAGAAAGGGGAGUGGUGGUUUGAUUCUAAGUGUAACGUUGCACUGUUUCCAGCGAGGGACUCUGAUUUAUUUUUGAGAAGGUCAGCCUGAACUCUGCACAAAGCAAAGCGUGGGAUUAAAUGGAAACAGAGACAUCACGUAAGAGUCAACAGGAGUUCAGUAGGGAAACCAGAGAUCAAAAAGAACAGCACAGGGGAGUGAGGUACAAUCUACGAGUCAGGACCAUGUUAUCCUGGAAGCUACCACGAUUACUGACAGUCCAGCAAGUUCCAAAAGUGUUCCAUGAAGAAAGCAUUAUCAGUGGAUAUCGCUCCCCAAGGAGCUCAGCCACUGCAUGUGUCCUCAGUCUAUUCCAGAUGACCAAUGAGACUCUAAACAUCUGGACACAUUUCAUACCCACCUGGUACUUCCUAUGGAGGAUGUUAACGCUUCUGUAUUCUCCUGGCUCCUGGGACGACCCAUUCUUAUGGCCUCUCCUGGUUUUUCUCCUGUCUUGCUGCAUCUACCCCUUGACAUCAAGCUGCGCUCAUACCUUCAGCGUCAUGUCCGUCCAGGCCCGGCACAUCUGCUUCUUCCUGGAUUAUGGAGCAGUUAGUCUAUAUAGUUUGGGAUCAGCCGUUGCUUAUUCUGCAUAUGUUUUUCCGGACCGGUGGGUGAACAGUCCCUUCCAUCGCUGGUAUGUGACAUGUGCUGUGCUAAAUACCGUCAUCUGCACAGGAUUGUCGUGCUACUCCAGACUGGGGGCUCCUGUCCUGCACUAUAACAAGUUCCUGAUAGAAAGGUUCCAGGAGGAAACCCGCCCACGCCUUAGCAAGGUUCUGCGCACAGGAGCCUUUGCAUACCCCUACUUGUUUGACAGCCUUCCCUUAUUUUACAGGCUGUUCCUGUGCUCUGGCAGUGGUUGCACACAGAAUGCUUCCAUCAUAAUACACAAAUGGCACACUAUCUUCGCAUUCCUUACGGCUUUCCUGUUCUCCACACAUCUACCGGAAAGGUUGGCCCCUGGACACUUUGAUUAUGUGGGUCACAGCCAUCAGCUGUUCCAUGUGUGCGCUGUUUUGGGCACUUAUUUCCAGUUGGAAGCUCUGAUUAAGGAUAUGACUCUGCGCCGGGAUUGGCUACUUGAAAGUUCACCUGUUCCAUCAUUCUCUAGCACCCUGGGAGCAUGGAGCACAGGGAUGGCCAUAAGUCUGCUAGUCAUCAUGGCCUUCUCCUGGGGUCUCUAUUGGAAGCCUGUCACACAAAGGAAGAAGCAAAACAACUGAAAUGGUUGGAUAUUGAAAGUUAUUUAAGUUAUGCGGCAUAUUUGUGUACAAAUACUCUGAUUUAGUACGUAUGUCAAUACUACAAGUAUUCUGAUGUCUCUGCCACGUUGUUUAACAUGAAAAUCACAUGGAACUUAACUGUCAUUGGUGACAUAAACAAUACAAGAUGUGCACCAUUAUGUCUGCAGAACUGCACUACAAGUACCAGAGUAUACAGCACAGUCAACAAAAGAUAUUACUUUAUCCAAACCUUUGCUACUAAGUUCAUCUGCUACUGUUCCAAGUCCUUCUGUAUUCACCCUCUAAAUUGGCUCACUAGCAAUCUGUCUGUUUUCUUACAUCUGUCCUUCUAUAAAGACUUUUGCACUGAUAGCAUCCACAUAUCAGUAUCAUGCCAAGUUGCAGGCAUUGGUGCCUUCAUAUCUAGUACUCUUAAAUGUCUAGGACUACAUAUUGCACUAACGUAUGUGACCUUAUACACAUUCAUCACACUCCUAAGCUCAUUAGAUGCAUCAAAUCUGACAAGUGAAGGUUAAAAGUUCCAAUAGCAACACAAUCCAGGAACUUCUCUAUUAGCUGGGCACAAGCUCAUAUGGGCAUUUUAACAAGAACCUGUUAAUUUCAGGGGCAUAUUCUAUGGAUAGCACAACAAAACAAUAACUAUGAUAGGAACUUGUACUAUCUUGGUAUCACUCACUACGCAGUUUCUUUGGGAUGUCUUGCAGCCGUCCAAAGGCUGAGAUAACUGUUCAUUACAUUAAUGAUUCUAGGUCAGAUCACACAACCAAUCUUAAUCAUUGACUGUACAUUGUGAUCUGUUUAUAAAGGCUGGGUUUUAUAUGAAUAUUAUUUUUUGUUAUAUAACUAACAAAAUAUAUUUAUUUAAAAAAAAAAAA